CAUGUUCUGAAUUGUUCCCUUGCUGUUUAAACGCCGUGAAGUUAUCCAGUCUGACAAGUUUGUUUUCAGUGAAAGGAAACAUAAUUUUGCACGACAUCGUUCCUCUGGUAUUUCUUAGUUGAUUACCUCUAGUGUUAAAACACAUCAUAGAAAAUGGCAGGGUUCUGGAUUCUGCUCUUGGCUGCUCAUAUUUUGAGCUCCUGUGAUGGUGUUCUUUCCUCUAAUACAUAUUAUGUAGAACGGCUUUAUGGUGAACAGCUGAGUAUAAAGCUGGCAUUAGGGGCUGAGAAAUUGGAGUUUACCUCUGUGGAUGAAACAGAGAAGCUUGUCCUUUGGUCCAGAUUUUCCCAAACUAAAAAGGGAGUAGUAAAAGGAAAAGAACAUGACAGAACAUUUAACAUUCAAUCUGUCACAUAUGCAGAUCAAGGGACCUACACUGUGCUGAACAUCUGGAACUCGAAGAUUUCCAUCUAUUUAUUAAAAGUUGCCACUAAAACAAGCUCUGAGAAAUGUGUGGCAGGAGAAACAUUUAAAAUUCCACUGGGUAGUCUUUCGAAGAAUGAUGCUACAUUACAUUUUUUAAGAGAAGAUUUCAACCUCACUCUGGUGGACCAUGGAUUGCCUGUGGGCAACUUGCAUACUGACUACAUGGGACGUGUGCAGGUGACCAGCAACAGCAUAGAGGUGCUCAAUGUCAAUAUCUCAGAUGUGGGGAACUACACACUCAGAGACCAUCUAAAUCGCAAACUCAGGAUAAUCUCUCUGACCUUGGUUGAUCACCAUUCAAGGAUCAGUGCCUCACCACUGGCAGCUGUGCUGCUGUUGCUUGGCAUACCUCCCUGUAUUUACUGUUGCUGCUGCCAUAGAAAAAAUAUUUGUAAAAAGGACAGCCAUUCCACCACUACUGCUGCCCCCACCUCUACCGUAAAGUUCGACAAUUCAAUUAAUCCACCUGAACCUCCACCAGCUUAUGUCGGUCCUUCAAUUCCUACAGACCCAGUACCGGCAUAUACUCCUAGUUACCCUGGUGUAGGUGGAAGUAUUGUUCAUCCUCCUCCUAAUCCAACACUUCCUCCUCAACCACCCUACAGUGAAUAUGCACCACCUGCUAUGCCCUCUAACUCUGACUUUGGCAUCCCUUCAGCGCAGCCUCCUCAAUAUGGCGGUGUACCAUACAAUCAACCUGCUCCGGCUGGUUUUGUUCCAAUGGUGUGUAAUGCUCCUGCAACUUCAGUGACUCCACUACUCUCACUGCCACAGCUUGAGGCACAGAAUCCAGCCCAGUACACUGGCAAAGAUGUCCUUGACACCUCUGAUGCCGCCAUCCAAUUUAACAUGAAGUGAAAAGACUCCUUCCUGUAGUCCCGUCUCCUUCCUGUAGUUUCUCUUGCCUAUUGUCUUUUACUUUAAACAAAGAGUAUUAUGGCUACAUAGAUUAAAUACCAGCCUAUAACUUGCAGUGAAAUAUGGAAAUGUCUUUUCAAGCAACCGGAUGUAAAAUUUUGAAAUUGUACAUUUUAAUGAUGCUGUAAAUAUUUACUUAAAGUGUUAAAAUUUGACUUUUUUGUCAAAUAAGUUUUAUUGAAAGAUGAUGGAUUGCAAUCUUACAAAUGUUGUCUCCACUACAUAUACAAAGAACAUGAUCAAAACCAAAAAGGAAAGGAAAACAAAAAGAGGAAAAAAAAAAUUAUUCCAAAAACAAACCCAUUCCAAAAACAUUCCUUACAAGACCUGUAUACAUUACAUUAUAAAGUAUGCUGAACAAAAAUAUUAAAACAUCAUGUUAAGAAAUA